CUACAAGAAAUAUAAUAAUGUCCAGGUUUAAAAACAAAGUUUUCUCCGAGUCAACCCUUCCAGUGUCCAGGGAAGUGCCUCAGGAAAAGAAAGAUGAUGAUAAAGAGAUCAAUAAAGAUGAUUUUGCUACCGAGAUUUCUAUACUGGGAAAACCUGAAGAUAUAUCUGUUAACAUCAACCAUAGUUCUGGGGUAGAAACUGAAGAAGAAGAUGUAUCUGACGAUCAUCAUGAAGAUGACCAAGGGGAUCCUGAAAAUAAUCUCGGAGAUCCUGAAGCUAUCAAGUGGAAGAAAAGGCAGCAAUGGGAUAAAUCAAUUGAAUUUCUGUUUUCCUGUAUUUCUAUGUCUGUAGGGUUAGGAAAUGUUUGGAGGUUUCCCUUUACGGCGUAUGAAAAUGGUGGAGGUGCAUUCAUUAUACCUUACAUCAUUGUUCUACUACUUAUUGGUAGACCUUUCUAUCUACUAGAGUUAGGAUUAGGACAGUUUUCAAGUAGUGGUUGUGUAAAGCUAUGGAACCUCGCCCCCCCUUUCCGUGGAAUAGGUUACGCCCAGGGGCUUGCUGUCUUUAUAGUCUGCUCCUACUACUGUCAACUCAUAGGGAUGGGAGUCAUAGCAAUCUCCCUAUUCUACCUGUUCUCCUCCUUCUACAGUAUUCUACCCUGGUCCAUCUGCCAUAUAGAAAUGGAACAGAAUAAUACUAUCUGCCUUCCAUCAGGUCACAACAUGUCUGAGUUGAAAAUUGGGGAUGAAAAUAUUACAAUAGUGUCAUCUGCUGAGCAAUACUUUACAGUGGGAGUUCUCAAUGAGUUUAUAGAUAUAUCAGAUGGAAUCGGGAAUCCAGAUUUGGCUCUUUGUGGAUGCCUCACCCUCUGCUGGAUACUUGUCUAUUUAUCCCUUCUCAGAGGUAAUGUUGAUUUUGAAUGGGGAAAUCAGAAUUUUAUUAUUAGCAAUCACCAAUCCAACCAGGUUAUAUUUUGCCCAGUGCAAGGUGAAUGCAUGUUCUGUAUGAUUAUUCAAGACAGGCUGACAGGUGUUCAGAGUUCUGGUAAAGUAGCUUACUUUACAGCAAUAUUCCCCUAUAUAGUGAUGCUAAUGAUGCUAGUAAGAGGACUAACACUGACUGGAGCAGUAGACGGAGUUAUAUUCCUCUUCAAUCCUCAAUGGGAUAUGCUGUACCGGCCCAAGGUGUGGUACGCAGCAGUUACUCAGUCAUUUUUCUCUCUAGCAGUUGGAUUCGGAAUACUUCCAACCUUUGCAUCCUACAACAAGUUUAGGUUAAACCUCAACAGAGAUUGUGUCAUCAUUGCAGUAGCAGACACCUUCACAUCAUUACUAGCAGCGGUUAUCACUUUCUCUAUAGUUGGACAUUUGGCUUAUGAGCUGGAUUUACCAGUUGAGAAAGUUGUAAAGUCAGGAGUUGGGAUGGCUUUCAUUACCUAUGCGGAAGCGCUGGCACAGUUUGAUGUCGCCCCUCAAUUAUUCGCUGUUCUGUUUUAUCUCAUGCUCAUAACGCUGGGACUAGGAACCGUUAUCGGUAUGAUCAAUGCUGUUGUAACCAUAUUCCGAGAUCAGUUUAAAUUUCACAAAACCCUGAUAACUGGAGUUGUUUGUCUGGUGGGUUGUGGGACAGGAGUAGUGUACACUACACCAGGAGGACAAGCGUUACUUCAACUAGUGGAUUUCUACGGAGGAAGUUUACUUGUGCUUUUCAUCGCCCUCACUGAGAUCAUUGGAAUUGCCUGGGUCUAUAAAACCUCCAGAAUAGUUCAAGAUUUCAACUUUAUGAUGAACUGGAGUUUCGGCCUCUAUUGGAAAUUUUGUUGGACGUUUUUUAUCCCAGUGGGGUUGACAUUUAUUCUAGGAUACAUAUUGAUAUUCUACCAACCGGUUAUAUAUUCAGGGGUUCAGCUACCAGAUUCUGCCGAGCUAGCAGGCUGGUUAUUAUUUGCUUCCGGGGUUCUUAUCAUUGGCAGCCAUUUUCUUUACACAAUAAUUCUCCAUUGUGUUGCACACAAGAUAAUAAACCCAAGUGGGGCAUUCAAACCACUCAACAAAUGGGGGCCAAGAAGACCAAAAGAUCGAGAAGAUUGGAUUGAGAUGCUCAAGCUCCUAUAGAAUUUGUGAUCAAAAUUGUUUUGUUUUUUACAUUAUAAUUAUUGCAAUAAAUACCAGAAAGAUCA